AUGGCACCUUCCCCUUCACCAGCACCAACAAAAGGUCAUAUCUUGUUGACAUUUAUUUUGAAACCACUGGUUGUUGAGCCAUGCCUUGAUGUUGAGACUAAACUUCGGGCUAAUGAUGCCAUUUUAAGAUUCAGCGCAGUUAAAAGUAAAUGUGAACAUGAGUUACCAGCAAAGGUUUACCAGAAGAUCAUAACCGUCAUGGAGUUCAUGCAGCAACAUUUGUUCUAUAUUCCGCUCUGGGUCUAUGUGGAUCGUAAUGAAAAGCAGGAUAUAAAUCUAGCAGAGUUGCUGGGAGGCAUGAUAUGGGAGGAAUUACCAGAAAUCAUUAUUAAGAACUGUUUGGUAUUUUCUGUACCAGAACAUUGCUGCCAGUUGAAGCUGUAUGAAGAGGUGAUAAAAGCAACAGAUACAUUUGAGGAAAAACUCAAAAAGAUGCAGUUUUUGCGGAGCCAUUCCAUGGACCUAUUAAAAUAUGCAAGAAAUGUUAAUGUUCAUGUUGCCAGUAAGAAAUGCCAAGAUGUGCUCGUGACUGCCAGAAACCUGAUGACAUCUGAGAUCCACAACACUGUUAAGAUUACGGCUGAUUCCAAGAUCUCUAUUCCAAUGCUUCCCAGUCGAGGAACAGUCAGUAAAUUAAAAGUGCCCAUGACUUCCAACCUUGUUCCGAGCGACAUGGUGAACCUGGAGAGUGGGAAGCAACUCGGCAGUCAAUCAACGUGUCUACCUACCUGCCGUAUCAGUGAAUCUGUCCAGAAUCUGAUGGAACUGAUUUAUCGGACACUUUCAGAGGUUGCAAUUGCUUCACCUGAAUGUGGCGUGCAGUUGUUCUACACGGUUAGAAACGUGGUCCAUAUGUUCUGUGAUGUUGUUCCGACAUAUCACAAGGAGCCGCUGCAGAGGUUGCCCCAGCUGACUGCUAUCCACCACAACAAUUGCAUGUACAUUGCUCACCAUUUGAUCACGCUUGCACCCCAAUUCCAGUCUCGGCUUUCAACACCUUUGUGCGAUAGAGUUGCAACCUUCAUAGACUUUGUGCCAAGGUUUAGGCGAUUAGGAACUGAAUGUUACUUGGCACAGAUGAGGCAGCAACGAGCCAAGAUGUUAGAAAGAUGUUUAACAACAACAAAUCUUUCGCAUCUGGAAGAUCCGGAUAAAUACUCGGUUGCGAAGAAAGCUGUUCGACAGGUGAUUCUUCAGUUAAAGCGGCUGAGCAAAGUUUGGCAAGAUGUACUUCCAGUUCACAUAUAUUGUAAAGCUUUGGGAACUUUGCUUAAUACACCAAAUACAGAUAUUAUCAACAAAAUCACAAUGCUGGAGGUAAUUGAAAACAAAAUGGAGAGAGGUUUUUGUGUUACCAAUCAAAGAUUGGAUGUUGUUGGAAUGGUGGCAUUUCUUGCCUCUAAUUUCCAUUAAGAAUGAUCAUGUUGGUGGGUUGAGUUACACAAGGCCAAAUUGGGAAA